UCCGGGGCGGGGCUUCCGGAUGGUCCUCGAUGGCCGCGGGCGGCGGAGCUGGUGGGAGGCUCCUCCCGCGGGGUCAGUCUGGGUGGCCGGGCCCCGUGCACCUCGCGGGCGCGCCGGCGGGACGCUCUUUCCGGCUCUCGUGGCCCGCGCUCCGUGCGGGGUUUCGGGUGUGCGGGCAGGGCUCUCGGGUUGGGGGCGCGCGGCGCUCACCUGAGGUGCUUCCGGUUCCUCUUCCCCCCCCCCAGGUCCCGCCCCCAGCGUCCUGUUGCCAUGACGACCGCGCGGCGGGACGCCCUGGUGCGGCAGCUGGCGGGGCUGCUGCGGGAGGCCGGGGACACUGUCCUGUCCGGCCAGAGCACACUGAGUGUCCUGACGGCCACGCUGCAGCAGCUGAACCACCUGUUUGAGCUGCACCUGGGCCCGUGGGCGCCUGGCCAGACGGGCUUCAUGGCUCUGCCCUCCCACCCGGCCGACUCCCCCGUCAUCCUCCAGCUCCAGUUCCUCUUCGACAUGCUACAGAAAACAUUGUCACUCAAGCUGGUCCAUGUCCCUGGCCUUGGCCUCCCAGCACCCGUCAAGAUUUUUCCUUUCAAAUCCCUCCGCAAACUGGAGCUUCGGGCCGUCCCCCUGCACUGCCUCCGCGGACUCCGUGGGGUCUACUCCCAGCUGGAGACCCUGAUCUGCAGCAGGUGUAUCCAGGCAUUGGCGGAACUGCUGUCAGCCUGUGGCGGCGACCUCUGCUCGGCCCUGCCCUGGCUGGCUCUGCUGUCUGCCGACUUCAGCUACAACGCACUCACUGCCCUAGAUAGCUCCCUGGGUCUCCUGUCAGCCCUGCGCUCCUUGAACCUGAGCCACAAUCACGUCCAGGACUGUGAGGGCUUCCUGAAGGACUUGUCUGAGCUCCACCACUUGGACGUCUCCUACAACCACCUGCAGCUGGUGCCGAGGAUGGGCCCCUCGGGGGCUGCGCUGGGGACCCUCAUUCUGCGGGGCAAUGAGCUCCAGAACCUGCAUGGCCUGGAGCAGCUGAAGGGGCUGCGGCAUCUGGACCUGGCAUACAACCUUCUGGAAGCCCACCGGGAGCUGUGGCCUCUUGGGCUGCUGGCUGAGCUCCGCAAGCUCUACCUGGACGGCAACCCCCUCUCUUUCCACCCCCAACACCGAGCUGCCACCGCCUGCCACCUGGCCCCCUGCGCCAGGGACGCCACGCCUGCCUUUCUUCUUGAUGGAAAGGCCUUGUCCCCCAGUGAUCUUCAGACCCUCACAUCCUCAGAGGUCUGCCCCGGGGCCCCGCUGCCCCCCUUUCCACCGGGCAAUGCCAUGGAAACCUCAGGUGGCCCUGACGUGAGUGAUAGCCCUUCCUCGGGGGCCCCCGGGGCCCAGCCCCCACUCCACAAGGUCAAGAGCCGAGUCCGAGUGAGGCGGGCAAGCAUCUCAGAGCCCAGCGACACAGACCCUGAACCCCGGACCCUGGACCCCUCCCCAGCUGGCUGGUUUGCACAGCAGCACCGGGAGCUGGAGCUCAUGAACAGCUUCCGAGAGCGCUUCGGCCAGGACUGGCUGCAGUACCGGAGCCAUCUGGAGCCCCCCGGUGCCCCCGGCACUCCUGCUCCCGCUGCCUCCACCACCCCCGUCCUCAGCACGCUGCCCCAGGACACCCCGGACAUGGACACGGAGCCGGAGCCGGAGCUGGAGCCCAGCCCUGUACCUGCUGAGGAAACCCCACAGGAAAUGGCAGAGGGGCUCAGCAGGGGACCUGAGCAGCAGGAGGAAGAGGACAGGGAGGAGCAGGGGGAGGAGGAGGAGCAGUGGCAGAGUGAGGUGGAAGCGGAGCUCUGCCACCCCAUGCUGGUGUGUCCCCUGGAGGGGCCCCGGGGUGACCGGGGCCGGGAGUGCUUCCUGAAGGUCACCUCUGGCCACCUGCUGGAGGUGGAGCUGCGGGCAGGCCGGGUCCUGGAGCGGCUGGAGCGGCAGAGCCUGGAGGCGGCUGAGGUGGAGCCCUGGACGGAUCCCAGCCCCGAGGCCUCGGACCCGCUCGCCCUGGCCCCUGUCCUCCUCCUGCGUUUCUCCUAUAUCCGCCCCGACCGCCAUCUGCGUCGCUAUGCAGUGCUGGAGCCCGACGCCCAGGCCGCCGUCCAGGAGCUGCUUGCCGUGCUGACCCCGGCCUCGGCCGCCGAGGCUGCACAACAGCCUGAGGAAGCCGGGGGCCUGCGGGGGGGUCGGCUCCAGUGUCUCCGCUGCGGCCACGAGUUCACGACCGAGGAGCCCAGGGACGACGAGGAGGCCUGGAGGUUCUGGAAGACAGACCCUCCCACUGUCUGUCCCAACUGCGGCAGCGACCACGUGGUGCUCCUGGCACCGUCUGUAGGCGCCCCUAAUGGACUCCAGGGGCGGGGAGAGGGGUUAUUGGCCCCCUCGAGGUCCCCCAGCCCUGACCCAGGCCCACCCGGCCCCGGCGACCACGUUGACGGGGGCGCCCCCUCCCUGAUGCCUGACUCCCAGGACCACCACAGCUGGGGCCUUAGUCCGCCCCCUGAGCGCCGGGCCCUCCGAGCCGUGGACCACCGGCUCCGGCUCUUCCUGGACGUGGAGGUGUUCAGCGACGCCCAGGAGGAGUUCCAGUGCUGCGUCAAGGUGCCACUGGCGAUGGCCGGCCAGCCGGGGGAGUGUCCCUGCCUGGUGGUGGUGUCCGACCACAGGCUUUAUGCCUUGAAGGUGACGGGCGAGAUCUGCGGUCCCCCGGCUGGCUGGCUGCAGCCCUCCCUGGCUGUUCCCCUGCAGGACCUGAGCGGCAUCGAGCUGGGCCUGGCGGGGCAGAGCCUGCGGCUGGAGUGGGCGGCCGGGGCAGGCAGCUGUGUCCUGCUGCCCCGGGAGCCCCUCUACUGCCAGGCCUUCUUGGAGGAGCUCACGGAUGUCUUGGAGUCUCUGCCCCCCGCCCGGAGAGUCAGCAUCAGCGUCACCAAGGAGGAGGUGACCCCAAAUCACCGGCUCUGGCCCCUGCUGGACAGUGGCCCUUCCUCGGAGCCACCUCGCUUCUUCUACCUGCGCGUGCUCCUGCUGGAAGGCCUCGCCCUGCGCCCCAUGUCCCUGCUGCUGACCCUGUCUACCCUGUACCUCCUGGAGGAGGCAGCCCCCGAGGGAGCCCGGACAGAACCCCCGCCUCCAGCCACCACCACCCCAGCCUCUGUGAAGGGCCUUCCGGCAGGCCCGGGGCUAUGGAUCCACGGGGAGCAGCCGCUCAGCUGCCUGAGCUCUGUGCUGUGCUACCGCUUGGCACCUGGGGACCUGCGGCUGGUCUUUUACGAUGAGGUGUCCCGGCUGGAGAGCUUCUGGGCUGUUCGGGUUGCAGGUCCUGAGCAGCUGGCGGCCCUGCUGGCCUGGAUCCGCGGGCCCUGGGAGGAGCUGUUUUCCAUUGGACUCCGGAUAGAGACCCAGGAGGCUCCAGACCCCGACGGCUGAGCCUGUCCUGCCCCUGGGAGGAUGCCCUUGCUCAGACACCACCGCAGACUUCUCUGGAUGCCGGGAUGACACCGAGGCCCCGGGCGCCCCGUGGCUGCAGGGAAGGACAGUGGACACCUCUUGUUUUCCAUUCAUCUCUGUGCUGACUUUUUCAGAGAGAUACAGAGAGAGACUAUAGCGUCAGACCUUCUUUCACUGCGGUGGGGGCCGGGCUGGAGCCUGGGUCUCACACAGGGCAGCAACGCCCUGUCCAGGUGAGCCCAGCCCUGCACUGUUCCUCAGGUGUCAGUAAAGCCAUCUCCAGUCUGCUG